CUGUAGUAUGUUCACUAAUUAUUUAAACACAUGCGCGCGUGCAUAGACGAUGGAGAGAACCUCACCGUGCGCGACAUCGUCGGCGAACGAGCUAGCGCGCGAUAUGGCAACAAUAAUGGCGGACCAGCCGGAGAAGAAACCAGCGCCGGUGGUGCCGAAGCACCCUGAGCUCCUGAUGGCAGCUCGGGAGGGCGACCCGGUGCGACUGAGCAUUCUUCUCGACGAGCCGGUGGUCGCAUGGACGGCCAUCGACAUCCAGGACGGGGACGGCGGCGGCAACCCCGUGCGGCACGCGGAGGCAGUCACCUCCGGCCUGGACUCCAUCCUCCACGUGGUCGCGUCCGGCGGGGACGGUGACCAGUUCCUGGAGGGCGCGAGCGUGAUCCACAGCAAGGCCAGGCACCUCCUGGACGCCGGGAACAGCGAGGGAGACACGCCCCUGCAUUGCGCCGCCAGAGCUGGGAGGAUCGAGAUGGUCUCCAAGCUCAUCCGUCUCGCGAGAGCCGAGGCCGGCGACGAGAGGGUGAAGGCGGCGCUGAGGAAGCAGAACAGGCAGAGGGAGACGGCGCUGCACGAGGCCGUUCGGCUGGCCGACAGGGAGAUGGUCGAGAGGUUGAUGUCGGCGGAUCCGCAGCUCGCUCGGCUGCCGGAGGUGGAUGGCGCCUCGCCCUUGUACCUGGCCGUCUCACUGGGACAUGACGUUAUUGCAGAGCUGCUGCAUAGCAAGGACCAGGGGCUCUCCUACUGCGGACCGGAUGGACAAAACGUCUGGCAUGCUGCGGUUCUCCACAACAACACACGUACGACAGAUAUGCUGAUGCAAUGGGGAAAGCAUGAACUCAUCAAACAAGGGGACCGAGCCCAUGGGAGCACGCCUCUGCACUCCGCCGCCUCUCGUGGAGUUCCUGGAACGGUCAUGGCGUUGCUAGAGGCCGACAAAUCUUCCGCGUACCAGUACGACAACGAGGGCUUGCUCCCCAUACAUGUGGCGGCCAUGGAGAACAAGGGCGACGUCGUGCGCGUCUUCCUGGACGAGUGCCCCGGCUGCGCCGAGGCACAAGACGCCAGGGGCAGAACCUUCCUCCACGUCGCCGUCGCCAGCAGGAACUCCACCCUGGUUCUGAACGCCUACCGCUACUUCCGAGGGCACCGGCGUCACGGGGCGGAGAGGUUUGAGACGAUCAUGAACAUGCGUGACGGCUACGGCAACACCGGGCUACACCUUGCUGUCAAGACAAGGAGUGUGGAGAUUUUCUACUACUUACUCUGGAACAAGGGGAUUCAGCUGAACUUUCGAGAUAACAUGGGUAGAACUGCGCUGGAUAUUCUGGAGAAGCCCGUUGGUUUUAAUUUUUGGUUGGAUCCACGACUUAUGAUGUGGUCUCUGCUAGAGGCUGCCGGUGCUGAAUAUGGAGAUCACCACAAUGGCUUUCCUCAUCUAGACGAGGAGAAGGAAGCAAAGAUGAUCUCUGAUUCUAUACCGACCGUUGGCAUCAUAUCAGCGCUACUGGUGACGAUUUCAUUCGCGGCGGCCUUUGCCAUCCCCGGUGGGUACCGAGCCGGCGAUGAUACUAAAUCUGGUAGUUCUCCGGGCACGCCGGUGCUCGCCAAGACCUACUCCUUCCAGGGGUUUGUCGUGGCCAACAACCUGGCCCUGCUUUGCUCGGCCUUGGCCACCAUCAGCCUCGCAUACGCCGGGGUUACCAAUGUCGACAUCCGCACACGCAUGGCUACAUUCGGCCUCUCCAUCUUCUUCCUCCAUGGCUCUGCCCGAAGCCUGGCUGCAGCAUUUGCGUUUGGCACGUACGCGGCACUAGCUCCGGUUGCUCGCGCGAUUUCUGUUCUCACAUGGUUGGGUAUGUCGUUCUCCUCCCUUGAUGUCGCUUGGCUCGCAUGCACACUAGCAGUGGUGCAGUUGCUGCUACUUAAAAGGCUUGGUGCCCGCGCAUGGCUACGCGUUGCAGCUGUGAUCCUAGUCCUCUCCGUAUGGGCUCUUUGGCCUUACAUAAUAAUUCUCGGUCUGUUAGCUUAUUACAAGACCCAUGGCGGAAUCCAUUGACAACCAUAUGGACCAAGAGAUACUAAUAAGUGGUAAAUAGUUCAACUCUAUGAACUUGUAAUGGAAUAUUAUGCUUAUACGUAAAUUUCAUUGUAAAUGUGUUUUAGUUUUACUCAUCACUCCAUUCACUGCGUCUAUCGUCGAGUUCUGUCCAUUGAAAUGAUGCAUGUUGUAUUAAUUAUCUGAGGCGGGCAAGUUGUAAUGUUAAAUCAUAAUAUGGCUCAUGUAAGUAAUUAUGAA